AUGAGUGAGUGCUUUCAUAUGAAGGAUUUAGGUCCUCUGAAAUUCUUUCUUGGGAUUGAAGUGUCUAGAGGAAAACAAGGAAUCUAUAUAUCUCAACGCAAGUAUACGUUGGAUAUCAUCUCUGAAUGUGGACUGGUUGGUGCUCAACCCAUUGAUACUCCUAUGGAACAAAACCACGCUCUCGCUAAAGUUGACGGCGAGUUAUAUUCUAAUCCAUCUCGGUAUCGCCGGUUGGUUGGACGUUUGGUCUACUUGGCUCUUACUCGUCCAGACCUUAGCUACAUUGUUCACCUCUUGGCACAACUUCUUGCAGAACCUCGACAACGUCAUUGGGAAGCGGCUGUUCGUGUUGUUAAGUAUUUAAAAGGAACGUGUGGGCAAGGCAUCUUGUUUAGCAAAGAUUCUGACCUUCAUCUUGAUGCCUAUUGUGAUUCUGACUACAAUUCAUGUCCCAAGACGCGUCGCUCCUUUUUUGGUUACGUUGUUUUACUCGGAAAAUCACAUAUUUGCUGGAAAACCAAGAAGCAGAAAACGGUCUCGAUGUCUUCCGCCGAAGCUGAGUAUAAAGCUAUGGCUUUUACAUAUCAGGAAAUCAAUUGGCUCAAGGAGUUACUACUCCUGUUUCAGGUUCCUCAUUCAGAACCCAUUACUCUUCAUUGUGAUAAUAAAGCUGCUCUUUAUAUUGCAGCCAAUCCCGUGUUUCACGAACGGACAAAACACAUAGAAAAAGAUUGUCAUUUCGUUCGUGAUGGUAUUAAAGAGGGCAUUCUAUCUACUAAACACAUUCGUACUAUAGAGCAGUUGGCUGAUUUCCUGACCAAGGCCCUUAAACGUCAACAAUUUCUGUAUUUAUUUCGCAAGAUGGGUGUUCACGAUUUUCACCUUCCACCUUGA